AUGACAAGAACACACUUCACAGAGGAACCCCCAGAGGUCAUACCGCAAGCCAGCCUGGACCGCGCGUUUACACAAAAUGCAGACGGCGCAGUCUCGGAGAAGCCGGAUGAGCGAAAUAGCCACAGCACAAGCGAUAAUGACCAGGCCGGCACCGCCGGCGCGGGGGGCCGCAACGGCAACCUCGAGAAGCUCGGGACGAACGACAAGUACGAAAUCACCGAGGACGACUGCUACGAAGAGUUGGGCUACAGCUUCCCAAACUGGAAGAAGUGGUACAUCCUCACCGUCAUCUUCUGGGUUCAGGUCUCGAUGAACUUCAACACAUCGCUGUACUCGAACGCCAUCCCCGGCAUCUCGGAGGAGUUCAACGUCAGCGCGCAGGCGGCACGGUGCGGCGCCAUGAUCUUCCUCGUGAUGUACGCGUUCGGGUGCGAGCUGUGGGCGCCGUGGUCCGAGGAGUUUGGCCGCUGGCCUGUCUUGCAGCUCUCUCUGUUCCUCGUGAACAUUUGGCAGCUUCCUGUUGCGCUGGCGCCGAACUUUGCCACCGUCAUGGUCGGCAGGGCGCUUGGCGGUCUUUCGUCUGCUGGCGGCUCGGUCACGCUGGGCAUGAUUGCCGACAUGUGGGAGUCUGAUACGCAGCAAUACGCUGUCGCGUAUGUGGUCUUUUCAUCCGUAGGCGGUUCCGUACUGGGCCCCAUCGUUGGCGGCUUCACCGAGGAGUAUCUCCACUGGAGGUGGUCCAUCUGGAUUCAACUCAUCCUCGGCGGCUUCGUCCAAGCUGUUCACUUCUUCACCGUUCCCGAGACACGCACAACCAUCAUGAUGAACCGCAUCGCCAAGAAGCGCAGAAAGAACGGAACGCCCACAUUUGGGGCCCUGACGAGCUUCUCCUUUGCGCUGGUAUACGAUCAGUGGCACUUCAGCACCGUAGCUAUUGGUCUGGCAUUUAUUCCAAUCGGUAUCGGCUAUGUCAUCGCCUGGCUGCUCUUCAUCCCUGCCAUCAAACGAAACAUCAAGGAACGCCGCGAGAACCCUAAUGAUGAGCGCGCGCAGUACGAGUCCCGUCUGUGGUUCCUCUUGUACACCGCUCCUUGCCUUCCAAUCGGCCUCAUCGGCUUCGCGUGGACGAUCCAAGGCCCACCAAUUCACUGGAUCGGCUCCAUGAUCUUCGCCGCCAUCGUCGGCAUUGCGAAUUAUGCCAUUUACAUGGCCACUAUUGAUUACAUGAUUUGCGCCUACGGACCGUACUCUGCUUCGGCGACGGGCGGCAACGGAUGGGCGCGCGACUUCCUCGCCGGUGUCCUGACCGUGCCUGCGACACCCUUCUUCACCAACAUUGGCGCGUCGUCCGGGCGCAAUCUAGAAUACGCCAGCACCAUUCUCUUCUGCAUCGCACUUCUGCUAGUGCUUGCGGUCUAUGUCAUCUACUGGAAGGGUCCCACGCUGCGAAAGCGGUCGCCGUUUGCGCAGAAACUGGCCGAGCAACGCGAUGAUGAAGGCACGCAUCAGCGCAGGUUGAGCGUGUACCGUCCGCCUGAGAGGAGGCGAAGUUCCGUGGCCACGCAUGAAGAGGUUUCCGGAGCUCGGCCUGAGAUGGGCACCAGGCGGUACAGUCAGCAGAACCGGUUCUUUGGCGAGAGCCGUGUCACUCCUCGCGGUACGCCCAGAGGAACGCCCUCGGCAAGCCGGGCGAACAGCAUUGCCAGGGCUGCGAGGUAG